AUUAAAAGAGCGUUUUUUAUUUUUAAUUCUUCUUUUUCCUUUUGAUUUCAUCUUAUUUGGGGAGGCGACAUCAUGAACAAUUGGUUACACGUAACUUAGUUUUUUUAUAUCAAACAAGAAGCAAGGUCAAUUGACGCGUCAAAUUAGAUUGAGCAGUGGCUUCAGCGUACGAUGGGAACAAUUCCAGCCUUUGAACGUAACUCAGUAAACUAUCAAUCACUGGUACAACUUGAACAACUUGAUUUCCAUACGCCUUUUCUUAUUCAACUUGUAUUAAAAGGAGAUCUAAACCUAUCAAACGAUACACAACUUGAUGAACUUGCAUUAAUAACAGCAUGUUUAGGUAUUGAUUCAGUGGAAUUAAGCAGAUUUUACACAGCAAUCGCACAAUUAAAAAUGAAUCAAAUGGACACCAAACAUGAACUGGAUUAUUUAAAUGAUAUUAACCAUACAUUAGAUGAGUUCCAAGUCAAUGCAGAUAAAGAAUUAGACAAACUUCAAACUCUUUUAUCCAAUCUUCAAGAACAAGCGCAUGAGCCUAGAGAACAAGAACAAACAGAGCAUGAUUUAACAUCUGAAUAUCUUUAUUUAAAAGAACAAUACAAUGCUUUAGCAAUCGAAAAAAAAGGCCUUACUCUAUCUCGUCUGUUUGAAUUAGAAUCAAGAGCAAAUGGCAUUGAAAAAGUUUUGAAAGAAAAAAAGCGUAUUCUCAAGACAUAUGAAGGAUUACCUUCAGAUAUGGUACUUGCUUCUAUGAAAGUCAGAGAAACUCAAAAGGAAUUGCACCAGCUUGAACAACAAAGAGAAGCCUUAUUGACCGAAAUAGCCCAGAGUGUACAUCAUUAACUCUCUUUUUCUCCACAAGCCUGUCAAUUUAAUAGGAAUAAUUCGGCACUGGCAGUACAUGUUGUAUUACAGUAGGUUGUACAUCACCCAAUUGAAGUAAAAACACUAUUUUUUUCCCGUCUUGAAUUAAAAAAUGGCCGAUGUUACUUGUCACACUCUAUUUAAUUAUCCAAGGAUAAUAUUGCCUUUUUUUCUUGAUAUUACCCG